AUGGGGUGGUUAAACAAGAUAUUUAAAGGUUCCAGCCAUAGAAGAUGGGAGGGGCAAUAUCAUGGAAAAUAUGAGGAUGAUACAGUUUGGGAAAGACCUUCUGUGUCAGCGGAUGUGUUGUCAGAUUUUGAUACUGAAGAAAUUGAUAGGGCAAUAGCACUUUCUCUUGCAGAAGAGGAAGAGAGGGCUAUUGCUAAAGAAGAUCAAAAGUCUAUUUCUGAAGAUGAUGAUGAUAAAUCUGUUUCAGAAGAAGAUCAGAAAUCUAUCGCAGGAGAAGAUAAGUCAUCUAUAGCAGGGGAUGAUAAGACAUCAAUAGCUGAUGAAGAUCAUCAAGAAGUGGUCGAAGAAAUAGAUGUGAAAGGAAAAAGAGUGGUUGAGGACGACUCUUCUUACUUGGAAGAUGAUGAGCAACUAGCGAAGGCUCUUCAAGAAAGUUUGAAUGUGGGAUCUCCACCUUCUCCACCCCGAUAUGAUUAUGGAAGUUUCUUUCCACCCUAUCAGUUCUUCUAUCCAUCAACAUACAGGAUCUGUGCUGGUUGCAAGGCUGAAAUUGGUCAUGGGCGAUUCUUGAGUUGCAUGGGAGCUACUUGGCAUCCUGAGUGCUUUGUGUGCUAUGGUUGUAGACAGCCAAUUUCUGAUUAUGAGUUCUCAAUGUCUGAUAACCGGCCAUACCACAAAUCCUGUUAUAAGGAACUCCACCACCCUAAAUGUGAUGUCUGCAAAAAUUUCAUCCCUACAAACUCAGCUGGUCUAAUUGAGUAUCGGGCACAUCCUUUCUGGAAACAGAAAUACUGUCCAUCACACGAGCAUGAUGGAACUCCACGCUGUUGCAGCUGUGAGAGAAUGGAGCCUGUGGAUGCCAGAUACUUGAUCCUUGGUGAUGGUCGAAAGCUGUGUCUUGAGUGUUUGGAUUCUGCAAUCAUGGACACUGGUGAAUGCCAACCUCUUUACAUUGAAAUACAAGAUUUCUAUGAAGGUCUACAGAUGAAAGUGGAGCAGCAAAUUCCCAUGCUUUUGGUUGAGCGACAAGCACUAAAUGAAGCUAUGGAAGGAGAAAAACAAGGGCAUCACCAUCUGCCAGAGACAAGAGGACUUUGCCUAUCAGAAGAACAAACCAUUAGCACUAUUUUAAGGCGGCCUAGGAUUGGUGGUGAUCGAAUAAUAGACAUGUUCACCAGGCCAUAUAAACUAGUUCGCCGAUGUGAGGUGACUGCAAUCCUCAUAUUAUAUGGUCUCCCCAGGUUGCUGACUGGAUCCAUCUUAGCUCAUGAGAUGAUGCAUGCAUGGUUAAGACUUAAAGGUUACUCUCAUUUGAGCCCAGAGGUUGAAGAAGGGAUUUGCCAGGUUUUAGCUUAUAUGUGGCUUGAUUCUGAAAUCAUUGCUGGCUCUGGGAGUAGUAAUGUUGCUUCUACUUCUUCUUCAUCAUCUACCUCUCCAUCCUCAUCUUCAUCAUCGUCAUCAUCAUCAUCUUCCGGCUCUUCAAAAAAAGGAAACCGAUCUCAGUUUGAGAAGAAACUCGGAGAGUUUUUCAUGCAUCAGAUAGAAUCAGAUACCUCUUCAGCUUAUGGUGAUGGAUUUAGAGAAGGUAACAAGGCAGUUCUUAAGUAUGGACUGAAGAGAACCCUUGAUCACAUCCGGCUUACAGGAUGCUUUCCAUAG